AAACACAUAAUAAAUAUAGCCCUUCUAUUACUGUUCGGAAUAGAGUAAAGACUAAUCAUAUUUACGCACAGUACUGCUCACUCUCUUUUUUGACUGUAAAAUCUUUAUAACAUCCAAAAAAAAAAAAAAAAAAAAAAACUCAAAUAAAGCUCAAGAUUGGUUUGUUGUGUACACAACCAAAACCCACCGCCACAACCAAAAUCCAGUUUUCAAGAUUGGUUUGUUGUGUACACAAACAAAACCCACCGCCACAAUCAAAAUCCAGUUUUUCUUUUUUCCCACAAAAAUCCAUGGAAGAAAAAGAGAAGAAGAAGAAGAUCAACAACCAAAACAAGAAGCAAAAACACCAGCACCCAAAUGACCAAACCACAAAAACUUCAGAUUUCUCUUUCAAACCCAGCUCUGAUGUAAAAGGUAUUCGUUUCGGCGGGCAAUUCAUUGUUAAAUCCUUCACGAUCCGUCGUGCUAGGCCAUUAGAACUCCUUCAACUCCUUUCUUUCCCACCCACAACAAGUACCACCAUACCCACACCCACACCCACACCCACCAACAACACCAACACCAACACCAUAACCAACAAUUACAGUGGCAAUAAAUCAAACACCAAGAACGCAAACAACCACAAGCUUCUGUUCCCUUCAACCACAGCUUUCUUGCCCACAAACUUCACAAUCUUGGCUCACCAUGUUUGGCGCACACUCACUCUCAGGCUGGGAACCAAGAAAUCCAAAGUCCUUCUCUUCAUGUUCGAAACCGAAAGCAUGAAGGUCUCGGUGGAUGGGGUUUGCCCAUCGGAGAUUCCGCUAGGCGAAGUGAACAAGAGGCCGGUCAGGGGCUUGACUGGGUGCGAGAUGGCUCGGUUCAAGUUUAGAAAAGGGUGUGUCAAAUGACUAUUAUGCCCCUCCUUCGUCAACUUUUAACAUCAAUUUGAUAACGGUAGGGAUUGAUUUGUAAUUAUUACAUCAUCAGGAUUUCGGUUAUAAUUAAAAAAACAUUGAGGGAGUUCAGUAUAAUUAACCCAAAAGAAAAUAAUGAGUUCCAAAUAAUUUUCUGUUAAUUUUUUUAUUUUUUUUUGUGAUAAGAUACAUCCAAAUGCAGAUUUAUCAAGAAUAAUUUAGAAAAUCCAAUAAAUUUCAAAAUUAUUUUUUGUAUCACUAAAAUGUUAAUAAUGAACGAUGAAAAUAAUAUCUAUCAUAUGUAUACUUUGUUCAAACAAUCAAUCUAGCUUCCAUUGUAUGAUUCAUGUUGGAAAAAAAAAAAAAUUGAUCUAAAACCAUGUUAAAUGACCAUUUUGAGGCUUCAUUCUCAAUGGGUCCCACUUGGUAUUAUGGAAGAUCGAAAUGGCUCGGGUUCUCCUCCAUGAGAUCUGUGAAACGGGAUAUA